GACUAUAGACUAUAGUCUGGACUAUAGACUAUAGUCUGGACUAUAGUCUGCACUAUAGUCCAUAGCCUGGACUAUAGACUAUAUACACUAUAGUCUAAACUAUAGACUAUAUUCUGGACUAUACGCCAUAGUCUGGACACUAUAGACUGCAGUCUAUACUAUCGACUUUCUUUUCUGAAUGCAUUUGGACUUAUAUAAAUUCCAUGUUUUUUCGGGGGAAAAUUCAAUCCCAAAUUCCUUAUUAAAAAAAAAAUAAUAAACUGGUAACACCUAUAUAACAGAUGCCAGCUGAUAAGAAAGUUUAAUGAAAGCAUUAAUAUAUGGUAUAGAUUUUUGGAACCAAAAAAAAAAAAAAAAACAAUGGAAUAAAUAAAGUAUGUAAGUGAAACUUAUUCAAGAAACAUACACCAAAAACAAACGUUCUUACGCAGUUACAGAGAACAACAUAAACAAUAAAGAGUUAAUAAUCAAAAUAAAAACCAACUUUUUUUAUUAACGAUCGAUAUGUCUACAUUUGGAAGAGAAUUUGAACAAGAUUGGCCUUUAAAAGAUUUCACUAGUAAUCUAACAAAUUUUGGUUAUGAACUUUUACAAAAAUGUUUAAGCGUAGAAAAGCCAAGAGAUAAACAAACUGAUAUUUUGCAAUUUCUAAAAAAAUCGGAGGAAUUUCCUGUGAAGUUUCCCGUAGAUUCAUGUCGCGUAAAAUCGCAAAAAAUCGAACGCCUUCCCUUUAUAAUUCGGCAAAUUGAAUCUGCCUAUCCGGUAGUACAUGAAAAAGUGGUGUAUUUAAUAAUAGAUUUUCUGGAGCACAAAUUAAAGUAUGGAUCCUCUAAAGAAAAACUACUUUAUGCCAAUAUGAGCAUCACCGACUUCGUACAUCGUUUAUUAAGCAAAAGAUGUGUCACAUUUGUGGAUGCCAUUGAUGAAUAUCUGCUGAUUACCGGAGAAACGGGUCAAGGAGAUGAUUAUUUAAAAAUAGGCACAGAAGAGGAAGAAGAUCCUCUGGUCUUAAACAAGGUCUUAAGUUAUGAUGAAGUUAAGAUUUCAGCUCUUUUAUCCAUUACCUCACAUUCGGAAUUCAUUAAUGAGGGCCAGCGUGAGAAUGCGGGUAGACCUGAAACAGAUCUAAAUAAAAUCGAAAGGGAGGGUGUUGUGGUUGGACUGGUAGGGGCACGUUUUGCCCGUGAAGAACGCAUGGAAUAUGAAGAUAUACAAAUUACACAACUACAAAAUAUCGAAGAGAAUGGUUAUGGCUCAAGAACGAUUAAGAAAUCAUAUAAUCAGGAAAAGGCUCGUGACUACCGUAGAGUAUGGAAUAAAUUUUACGAAGAACAAGAUCACCUAUAUGAAGAAGUCUCCAUAGAUAAUAAACGUUUUGGUAAAUGUUUCGAAUAUGAAGCAAUUUUUGAUAAUCUGGUGAUGAAAAAACGCUUUUCAAUCGCUUUUGAUUUACUACUGUUGGAGGCGAAUGCUAGAGCUUUAAGAGCUCAUAAACAAGCCUAUAUACAUGUAGUGGGCAUAGGUUUAGGGGUUUGGUUGGCGGCACCUCAGCAGGAAAAAAUCUUUAUGGAAUGCUUUCAGCAACGUUUGAAAUAUCUAUUGCCCCAGCUUAAUAAUGUGGGAGUGGUGCAUUUGUCCUGGUUUCGUUUAAACGAAUGGCACGAUUUCAAAAAUGGAGGAUUUUUAAAGUCCAAAACACAUCCAAUGGGAGGUGUAACGACUUUAAUAUCUUCUAGGAAUCCUAAUGAAAAGUUGACUGGACCCUAUGAAAAUAUGUUGCCGGUGGUUUCAUUCGCUUGGGAUGGUAAUGCCUUGCCAGGUAAUGAGUUCUGGAUUGGUUCAAUAACCUCUUCAAAUGAUCCCUCUGCUGCGUGCAGUACAUUAAUAUCGGAACUUUUUAAUCCUCAUAUUAAUACGACAUAUGUCAAUGGUAAUAAUCUUUAUAUAGCUUCCCCCAAAUACGGUUUAAUUCAUAUUAAAGAUUAUGCAGAAAAAGUAUUAAAUUAAGAAAUCUCAUGGAAAUUUAUAACUGAACUUUACAAUAACUGUACUUAUAUUAAAUGUUAACUGUCGCUUUUUGUGUAAACUUAUAAAUGUUUUAAAAUAAAUAAAGUUUGUUUUAGCAAAAACAACUAAACAACUA